AUGAUCAGGAUUCGGGAGUUACUGGAUGCAUGCGCGCUCUCGCUGCAGUAUCUCGGCCUAGGACUGAAAUUCAAUGGCGUCGAAGACCAGUCCCCGGAGAAAAUCAGCGAGCAGAUCGACCUCAGCGGUCUCAACCUAAGCUCUCUGCGGUUCUCGGUGUGGUGCGUCCUCGACAGCAACUACGCGUGGAUCCCGCGCCUGCUCUCCUCCUUAACGUCGUACCACAUCACCCAUCUGCUGAUCAAUUUCCACGUUGGCAAGAGCAAAGGCGCUGCGGAGCGGCUGAGCGUGCUCCUCCAUCGGCUCGAGACGGAGGGCGACCUGGCAGAGAUCGACUGUUGUCUCUCGACUUGCUAUAAUAUCAGGCAGGGCAAGCUCCAGCUAGGCCUCGCGAUUCCGUCCGCCGGCCCACCUGACGAGCCGUUGCGAAUCUCUGAUGAUGAAUGGUCAAAACUCGUCAGAGGGAAGAUGCCCCGGGCAGACAAGCGUGGAAUACUUAGGUUCGUCGUGACGUUUCUCGCACACGACGUGUUCUUACUCGUGUCUGCGUCUAUCGUGGCAUUCUGA